AUGGUUACCACAGGAACGUGUGGUCCUGCCAACGGCAAGCAGUGCGGUGGCAACUGGGGUACUUGUUGCAACAAGAGCGGAAGCUGUGGCUCGGGCACCGGCUUCUGUGAUUCUGCAAGCUGCUGGUCUGGCAACUGCACGACGGGUAACUCCACGGACGGCACGUGUGGGGCAGGCACAGGGCGCUCCCAGGUCUGCAACUCCAUCUGGGGAUACUGCUGUGCCAGCUCUGGAAAGUGCGGUGAUGGGCCACAGUUCUGCGGCACUGGUUGCCAGCAAGCGUAUGGAAGCUGCACGGAAAACACACCAACGCCGCCUCCUCCAGGGCCAGGAGACAUCAGUCCAGACGGCACAUGUGGCACCGCCAAGGGCGGGUUUGUCUGUGGGGGCUCUCCCUUUGGGGAUUGCUGCUCCUCCUCUGGCUUUUGCGGAAACUCUACAGAUCACUGCAGGCCAGGGUCGUGCCAGCCCGACUUUGGCUCCUGCACCGCGGGAGACCCCAUAUCGGUCGAUGGAUUAUGUGGAGGAGCACAACGCCUCACCUGCAAGGGCAGUGCCUUUGGCGACUGUUGUUCUUCAGGCGGCUGGUGCGGCAGCACGGAUGGCCAUUGCAAGGCCGGCUGCCAGGCUUCCUUCGGCACGUGUACCGGGUCAAACUUCUCGGCCGAUGGCAGUUGUGGCCCUGACAAAGGCAGCAAGACGUGUACAGGCUCAGGGUUCGGCACAUGCUGCUCCUCGGCGGGCUUCGGCGGGUCGAUGGCCGCCCAUUGCGGUUCGGGCUGCCGGCCGAACUUUGGUACCUGCAAGACUGGUUUCAACGUGUCCAGCGACGGCACAUGUGGUCCAGAAAAAGGCAGCAAGACCUGUCUUAGCCCUGGGUUUGGCAACUGCUGCUCAUCUGCCGGGUUUUGUGGCACGACCAUAGCUCAUUGCGGUUCCGGUUGCCGCCCCAACUUUGGUACUUGCGGAAGUUAG